AUGCCGGAUGAGAGUCUCACCCUAACAUGGGUGCGGAGCAAUGUUUCCGAAAGCCUCAACAAGUACAGAUCCUGGUUCUUAUCGCGUGGAAAUGCAAUGACAAAAGAUACGACUAGUCUGCAGCAAUCUGGGGGGAGAAAUUACUCUCCUAUGAUUGUCAAGACAGAUGUCCCUCAGUUCACCAUACCACAAAAACAGCGCAAAGAUGAGCAUUACAUUUCUGAAGAUGAGGUUCAAGUUGGAAGUCGGCAUGAUAGUACCAACUCCGACCCUUACGCAGCCGCAGCACUGUCUUUGCCUCACUUCAAGUCACAGACAGUCUCCGGCUUCGAGACACUCUCUCAGGCACCACAUACCCGUCGAAAAGAGUCUUUAUUCCAUGACGGUGGAUUGAGCCUCUUGCCCCUCCCAAGCAAACCUAUAGGAGUCGAAAGUCAGGUGAACAUCGGCUCUACUUCCCUAAAUGUUGAUAUAUCUACCGGGCGGAAUAGAAAAUUUUCGCGCAGUUCAUCAAAGCGGCGGCAGUUUGAUACUCUUCCUGUUGUGUCGCCCUUAAUUCCUGAUAAUUCAGGACUGGCUGUAAAGCGCUGCGCAUCAAAUGGAAGUGAUCCGUUCGCAAUGACAUUUGAAACUUGUCUGUUUGAAAUGCGCCCCGAAUCUUCCCCCGACAAAGAACAAUAUUUUUGCCCAUCAACAUUUCUCUCCGUGACGAAAGAUAUCACCUUUAUGGACCCGAAGAGGCCGCGUCCCAUCGUAAACAGGCUAUUCAGUGAAACCAUAGAACAUGGUAGUGUUGCUGUCUCCAUCAAAUACACAAAAGAAGAAAGUACACUGACAGUCCAAUUAAUCAGAGCGAAGAACCUAACACUAAGAAAAGGCAGAGCUGGGCCUAUCAACUCGUACGUUAAGGGAUCUCUUAUGCCGGGAAAGAUCCAAACCCGAAUAUCAGGCGUUUUAAAAAAUACAAGCGACCCUUUCUACUCUGAGGACUUCGUCUUCAGAGAUGUUGCUUUUGAGGCACUACGGGAUAUGACUGUCCGCUUCAAGUUCUACAAUAGGUGCCGUUUGGCCUGCCGCGACGAGGCUAUAGGGGUGGUCGAGCUGCCUCUUGGGUUGGUUGACCUACAGCACGGGGGAAGACUUUGGAAGAAUCUCGAACCCGUCAACAAGGAGAAGCCCCCCUCCCCCCCACUCGACCGACAAACACGUAGGUUGCAUUACCAUUACUUGCCUGAAGUGUUUAACGUUUAUUUUGCACUUUCAGAUCCUUAUGUGAAAGUUGAGUUGAAACAACAAACUAGCAAGAAGGCACGGCAAAAAACAACCGCUCUGAAGAAAACGAGCAAUCCGACUUACGACAAGACCUUCACCUUCGCUGUAUCGCCAAGGAUUCAGGACAUUAAAUACACAGGCUUAAACUUCACUAUCUAUAGCAAAAAUCUUAUCCUAUGCGAUGGCGUCAUUGGCCAGGUUAAACUCGGGUUCGGAUCGACCGAGGAGAGCGAGUUACAACACUGGAAACUGGUAGUACAGAACCCUGGACAGACAUUCACAGAGGUUCACAAGAUAAUGGACUUUGAUUGAGUCAGAUCAUU